AUGUCCGAUAGUACUGGACCUCCAAAGGGAAAGCCAUAUGUUGCGAAGAAACCAUUGCUCCCAAGACAUGUACAUGGCGUGGUAGUGGUGGAGAUUGCAACGGCCAGUGCCAUACUGGCGAGGUCAGAUUGUUCCAAUCAAAACGCGGUGGUGGUUUCAAAACAGAGUCAAGCAACUACGGGUGUGGCCGAGGAUGGAAAGCAUUCUGCUGUGAAGAGGAAGAAUACGAUGAACUACUAUCCGGGUGCAGGUGGACUGGCUGCGGUGGCAAGUGCAACUGUCACUGGGUUGGACAAGGUGAUUGUGCAGAGAACUCAUGUGCCAACUACGAAGUCACAGUUGGGACAGAAGGUUAUGGAGGCGACAAAGACUCCUGCGCAUGGGGCUGACGCAAAGCACUCUGCUGUCAACACAACCCGAAAGCCAUUACCUGUUCCCGGGUACUCGAGGAAUGACGCAAAGGCGAGCUGCUUUGCGACUAAGCUCGAAGUAGUGUCGAGGAACGACUUGACAAAAAAGCAAAUCGAGGCUUCGGUUGACACAGACCAUAAUCCAGAUCUCCAGUAUGCUACCGCUCUUCUUGAGACUGCCAUGACCGGAAUACUGCCAAACGGGACUCACAUGGUGACUGAAGCCAUUGAUUACAAGGAUAUAUACGAUUACUGGUCAAAAGACGUGCUCCCUAAGUUGCCCUCGGCAGGUUCAAGUCGAGUUGUAAAGAGCCCAAACGAUUACUUCAUGGAUCGAUGGGGCUCCAAAGGCAAUCGCUCACCUUUCUUACUCUUGGACCCGACAAUCCAAGGUGGAAACGGCCAUGAUGGAAUCCUGGAUCCCAUUAAAUGGAUAUCAGGCGCUGUACCAAGACUCAGAAGAUUGCAUGAAAUUCACCAAGAGUUUGACUACAACUGGUAUCGAGCACGAACGGACAAUGCUCGUAAAUGGGUUAUUGAACAGCUGGACUUGAUCGAGAAUGCGUUCCAAAAAGCAAGCCCCGUACCAGCUAACUACAAGACUGUUAUGGAUACUGUCGCAGAAUUCAAAACCGAGGCUAGGCUCAUAAGGCCGCCCCCUGAAGACCCCAAGAAGUAUCAUUGA